CCACCAGGCCCCAUGUGCUGUCUGAGGGCGGUGGGCCGCUGAGUGUAGGCGCUAGGGUGGAUAUCUGCUGCGGGGAGCCAGGUUCGGUAGGGCUGGAGGCCACACCCUGCAGGCCCCAUGCCGUCUCCAUGGCUGCUGCUGCGGUUGCUGCUCCUGGUCCAGCCGACCUCGGAGGCCAGCCUUCCGCCGGGGCCCAAGACCCACCCCGGCCUGUGCCCCAACCAGCUCAGUCCCAGUCUGUGGGUGGACGCCCAGAGCACCUGUGAGCGCGAUUGCAGAGGGGACCAGGACUGCGCACUGGCGGAGCGCUGCUGCGCCAACGUGUGCGGGACACGGAGCUGCGUGGCGGCGCGCUUCCCCGACGGCCCCGCGCCCGCCGCGUCCUGCGACGGCUUCGCUUGCCCGCAGCAGGGCGCCGACUGCGACAUCUGGGACGGGCAGCCCGUGUGCCGCUGCCGAGACCGCUGCGAGAAGGAGCCGCGCUUCACCUGCGCCUCGGACGGCCUCACCUACUACAACCGCUGCUACAUGGACGCCGAGGCCUGCCUGCGCGGCCUGCGGCUGCUCCCGGUGCCCUGUCGGCCCGCGCCCGCGCCCAGCGGCCCGCCCGCCGCGCCCGCGCCGCCCGCGCUCCGCAGCAGCCCGGCUCCGCAGGCGGUGCCCGAAGGCGGCACAGCCAGCCUGCACUGCGACGUGGGAGGGCACCCGCCGCCCGCCGUGAGCUGGGAGAAGCAGGGCGAGCCGCGCGAGGGCCCGGCGCUGCGGCCCGACCAGCUCCGCGGCAACCUGGCGGUGACCAGCGCGGGCCAGCUGGUGCUGCACGGUGCGCGGCCCGAGGACGCGGGCGUCUACACCUGCACGGCGCGCAACGCCGCCGGCCUGCUGCGCGCGCACUUCCCGCUGUCGGUGCUGCCCGCCGAGCCCGGGGAGCCCAGGGAGCCCGGCGCCGCCUGCCUGCCCGACCCCGCGUGCGCCGGGCCCCGCGUGCGCUGGCACUGGGACGCGCGGCUCGGCGGCUGCGCCACCUUCCCGGCCGCGGGCUGCGCCGCGCGGGGCUUCCACACCUACGACGCGUGUCAGCGGGCGUGCGCGCGGGGCCCCGCCGACGUGUGCGCGCUGCCCGCGCUGGCCGGGCCGUGCGGGGGCCGCGAGCCGCGCUGGGCCUACAGCCCGCUGCUGCGCCAGUGCCGCCCCUUCGAGUUCGGCGGCUGCCAUGGCAACGCCAACAACUUCGCCAGCCGCGAGAGCUGCGAGGACGCGUGCCCCGCGCGCAGCGCCUGCCGCGCCUGCCGCCCGCGCUCCCGCCUGGCGCUCAGCCUGUGCCGCAGCGACUUCGCCAUCGUCGGCCGCCUCACCGAGCUGCUCGAGGCGCCCGAGGCGGGCGACGGCAUCGCGCGCGUGGCCCUGGACGGCGUGCUCAAGGACGAGCGCAUGGGCCUGCGCCUGCUGGGCACCCGCCACCUGGAGCUGACGCUCAGCGGCCGCGACCCGGCCUGUCCCUGUCCCAACGUGACGGCCGGCGAUGGCCCGCUGCUGCUCAUGGGCGACGUGCGCGACGGGGUGGCUGUGCUGGAUGCCCGCAGCUACGUGCGAGCUGCCAGCGACCGGCGUGUCCGGAAGGUGGCUGAGCUGCUGGACAAGAAGGCCUGCGCGCUGCUCAACCGCUUCCAGGACUAGCCCCAGCCAGCCAGCCAGCCAGCCUUCCUCCAGUUCCCAGUCCGUGUGUGUGUGUGUGUGUGUGUGUGUGUGUGUGUGUGUGUAGGGGAGCUGCACCCCUCCCCUCUUGUGCCUCCACCCCUCCAAUGAAUAAAGGCCUUCCUUCCCCCAGGG